UGUUUGCUAAACUAUGUGGACUUGGUCUGUCUCCAGGGUCUUGAAAAUAGGUGGGAUGACUGUUCUCAGUGUUACAGGUGGGAAAGCAGAAUAGAACAUCGAGCUCAUUGCGACUCUGUGAAGUAGGAAUUGGUACAGGAGGCAGCUGAGCUAGGCAGUGGUGGAGGUGGCUAGAAGUGGGAUUCCAGCCUAGGUAGCCGCCCUAUAACCUCCCCUCACUUCUGUGCUACAGGGCCUGGGCCUUAGCAUCAGAGAGAUCUGGAUUCUGUUCUUCAGUGUCUUCACCUGUGAAAUGAGGAUUCACGACCCCCCCCACAGGGCUGCCUCGCAGUUACGUGACUGCAAGUCUUAGAGCCAUGCCUGAUACGUUUAAAUGCACCACACAGUGCGGUGGGUGCUGCCAGCACUGUCCUUGGGACCUAGGUAUCCUGGGGUCUGCCUGGGCUCUACAGCCGGAUGGACCUGGCUUCUACUCCCGCCUCUGCACUUACGCAAGGCUUUGUGACUGCCAACGGUCAUUUCACGGAGUUGCACUUCACCUGUAUGGUGCGGAUAAACCAUGCUUACGUCACAGGUUGCUGUGACUCUCCAGGGAGAUACUACAUGUGUUGCAUACAUAAGCACUUUAUAAUCAAGUUUGACUGUCAUUAUUCAUAUUAUUUCCCCCAGGUGCCCUGGAAGUUAGAGUGACUUUAAGUCAAGACUUAACUGCACAUUGGCUCCUGGAGAAUAGAAACAUCGGAAGCCUUGCAUUGGUCGGGACCCCAGGUUUGGGAAGGGCCUGCUAAGCUGAUGUCUCUCCAUGCUUUCCUUCCCCAGAGCACCCAGGAUGGGCACCCCAGCCUCUGUGGUGAGUGAGCCGCCCCCUUGGCAGGCCCCGGCUGAGGCCCGGAGCCGCAAGCAGGCCUCGGCCAACAUCUUCCAGGACGCCGAGCUGCUGCAGAUCCAGGGCCUGUUUCAGCGCAGUGGGGACCAACUGGCCGAGGAGCGGGCACAGAUCAUCUGGGAGUGUGCAGGAGACCACCGUGUGGCAGAGGCCUUGAGGAGGCUGCGCAGGAAGAGGCCCCCCCGGCCGCAAGCCCUGGGCCACUCACUGCACCACUGCAGCCGGCUCAGAAUCCCCGAGCCCUGCGCUCCACUGGCCGACCCACAGAGUGGUGCCACGGAGACGGCUUCUGGCGAUCAGUAUCUGAACUCCAGGAGGACAAGUGCCAGGAUCCGCCGGAACUGGAAGAAGCCAGGCCCCACAAGCUACCUGCAUCAGAUCAGACACUGAUCCAGGGAAGGGGCAGUAUCUUCCCCAGGAAUCAUAGGGACUUUUGCCAAAGGGCCCAGGAGGUGAAGAAGGAAGAGAGACUUGAGGCAGACAGCCCCACAGGGGUAAAUGAAAGACCACUGCCACUGGCCUGCUCCAUUCAGAACAGGACUGGAAACGUCCCCUGAGCUCUAGGUUAUGUGGGACCCAUUCCUCACCAGAAUGUGGAGAAACAGCGCCUCAGCUCUUCCCAUCUAACAGUACACCUGGGCUGCAUGAUAUGCCCCCGAGAGUCAAGUGAUGGGCACUCAGAUUGAGCAUCUCACCACUCCUGCUCCUAACCCUCCUGCUGCUCCUGUAACCCGUGGCCCGGCGGCCUGCCCACACCCCUGCCCCUGUCAGGCUAGCACAAGGAAACCGUGGUUUAAGGGGCAAAAUAAAAACAUUCACAUCAACAACAGUGUGUCUGUCGCAGAAAGGGAGGG